AGCUGAUCCGGAACAAGGAGGACAAAAAAAAAAAAACAACCCACAGUUUCUAUCAGAAUGACGCAGUUACCAUUGAUAAGACAGCUGCUAUAAAGUGAAAGCGUAGAAAACGAGCACAGACCUUCUGCUUUCCAUCGUUUCUUUUGUAUUCGAAAACUGCAGUGAAAGAUGGGCCUUGGGUCGUGCGCACCCUCCGUUGCAUUUUCAGUCUUGAUUAUACCAGCAGUUCUGGGCAUCAUUCAUGUACAGCCCGAACAAAUUCACCUGUCGUACAGCGGUGUUCCAAGUGAAAUGAUUGUAACAUGGGUGACCCAGAAUGAGACUUCAGCAUCAAGAGUGAUGUAUGGCUUAUCAGGCCUGGACCAGUCAGCAGAAGGAACAAGUACUAAAUUUGUAGAUGGUGGUUCCCUCCACCGUACAAUGUACAUUCAUCGUGCCAAACUUACCGCUCUGAAACCUGGACAGAAAUAUGUGUACGUGGUUGGAGGACCAGAAGGUUGGAGUGAUCAGUUUCACUUCAAUGCCAUAAAGGAUGGCAGUGACUGGAACCCCAUCUUGGUGUUGUAUGGUGACAUGGGCAACGACAAUGCCAGAGCUCUGCCUUACCUUCAACUGGAGGCACAGGCUGGACAAUUUGAUGCUGUCCUGCACGUUGGGGAUUUUGCCUAUGAUAUGGAUACCGAUAAUGCAACUGUAGGAGAUGAGUUCAUGCGACAGAUAGAAGCUAUUGCUGCAUAUGCAUACAUGACGUGUGUUGGAAACCAUGAAUAUGCAUAUAACUUUUCCAACUACCGUAGCCGGUUUACCAUGCCCGGUGGCGAUGGUACAGGAAUGUACUUCAGUUGGGACAUUGGCCCUGCACACAUCAUCAGCUUCAACACAGAGGUGUACUAUAACCAGUAUGCCACCACAGAAAAUAUCAAACGUCAAUAUGAUUGGCUUGAGGCAGACUUACAGAAAGCCAACCUGCCAGCUAACCGUGCAGCCAGGCCUUGGGUCAUCAGCAUGGGACAUAAGCCUAUGUACUGCUCAAAUGAGGAUAAUGGCGAACUGUGCUUCAACCCACAAAAUCCUAUACGCAAUGGUUCAGCUGCAUUUUGGCCAAAUCUGGAGGACCUGUUUUACAAGUAUGGUGUUGAUUUGCAGUUUUAUGCUCAUGAACAUUCUUAUGAACGUUUGUGGCCCCUGUACAAAUCAAAGGUAUGCAAUGGCAGCAGCGAUAAGCCUUAUGUCAAUCCACCAGCACCAGUCCACAUCAUUAUUGGUUCAGCGGGAGAUAGAGAAGGGCAGACAAAGUUCCAACCUAAACCAUCGACAUGGAGUGCUUUCCGUACUGACGACUAUGGCUUCACCGUCAUAGAGAUCAUUAGCUCCACACAGUUGGCUCUGAAGCAGGUGUCCAUUGAUAAGGGAGGCCAGGUUAUUGACAGCAUUGAUCUCAUCAAGGAUAAACAUGGCGCUGGACUUUACAACUGCAUGUGAGAGGAGGAUCAUGAAACACAAUCAAAACUGAUAGCAACUUCGUACGCUAUGAAAACCCAGUGUACGUGAUUCGUUUUCAAGAAAUACAACAAUUGUUAAUUAAAGCC